AUGCCGUACAACCAUCUGCACGAUGCUGCGUUGAAAGGCUCUGCCAAGGUCACAGAAGCCCUACUUGCGACGGCGGCGUUGGACAUCAACGAACGCACGGAAGAUGGGUUCACCCCGCUUGACGUUGCAGCUCAAGAGGGUCACCACCGGGUUGCCAGGAUCCUAUUGAGGCACAACGCUAGCGUAACUGUGGCAUCGGAGAACGGGUGCACUCCCCUCAUGCUGUCCGCCCAGAACGGACACGUUGUCGUGACCAAGUUGCUCAUCGACGCUGGUUCGGACGUGAACGCCUCUACCGAUGAAGGUAUCACUAGCCUUCACCAAGCCGCUGAUGAGGGGCACGCGGAGAUCAUGUCGAUGCUGGUGAAUGCUGGUGCGAACCCCGACACUCAAACAUACAACGGAAGCACCCCGCUGUACGAUGCGGCGUUCCAUGGCCACCUCGACAUCGUCAGGAGGCUCCUCCGCUUCGGCGUAAGGCCUGCCAUCCCUAGGUUCCAGCCGGAUGGGUCGACCCGCGUUGCUUUGGAUGUGGCGGCGCAAAAGGGACACUCAGAGGUGGUCCGUGAGCUGAUCCAGUACCGCGGGAUCAAGACGUGUGCGGGGGUAACGGGCGGGGCAAUUGCUCUCAAUUUGGCCACGAAGCAUCAGCACGUCGAUACCAUGAGGCUGUUGCUGGCCGCGGGAGUCGUGGACACGGGCAUGUCGUUGUUCACGGCCGCCACCCUUGGCCGAGAGCGAGCAGUCAAGCUUCUCCUGCAGCAAAAGUGGGCCACUCCUGGAGAUAGAUAUAUCGACAGCCGUAACGAAUGUCAUUGCACACCCCUGUUCGUUGCCGUCUCCGCCGCGGCGCCGAGGAUCGUGCGGCUGCUGCUUGACGCCGGGGCAAACGAGAAGUUGACCAGACCCGUGUCGUACUCGUUCCAUGGAAAGAUGAAGAACGAGACGCUCCUGGGGCUCGCGGACAACAACCUCCGUUAUGAGGUACACGACGGCAGACGCGCGACAUCAGAGGAAACGAAUCGUCUGGAGGAAUCCCGGCGCUUGCUGAUGCGAGUGGAAGCCGUUCGUGCGGUAUCCUGGCUCUGGGGCACUACCAGCCCUGCGUACGCCAUCCCACUGGGGACUGAUGGCAACAAAGACGCCAAGGGAGGGGCGUCGCGGCUGGGAGUCCGUAUCGCGAGGCGCGAAACCAGAGCGCACAGGAAUGGCGCUCUCUUGGCGACCCUGUUCAGGUACUCGGUCAAGACUUGA